UUCCGUUGGUUGUUUCUCAAUAAAUACCACUAACAUCUCUUUCUUACUCAUAUACAGAAAGAUGGAGAUUAGCAAUGACCCUGCUGCAAUGGCGACAAUGGCACCAUCGGCACCAGUCACAGCUCAACGACCUGUUCGGAGUGACCUUGAGUUAUCCAUUCCUAAGCCCUACAUGGCUAGAGCUAUGGCUGCACCGGACAUGGAACAUCCAGAUGGCACAAAAGAACACAGUGCUUGUGGCAUGAGUGUCCUCCAGCAGCAUGUCGCCUUCUUUGAUCAAGACAACAAUGGCAUUGUUUAUCCUUGGGAGACUUACACCGGGCUUCGAGCUAUUGGGUUUAAUGUACUCGUAUCUUUAGUUUUGGGAUUAGGUUUCAAUCUAGUAUUUAGUUACGUUUCUCUCCCUGGUUACAUUCCAAAUUUGCUGCUUCCAAUUCACAUAGCCAACAUACACAAAGGCAAGCAUCCAAGUGAUUCUGGGACAUACGAUACCGAAGGAAGGUAUCUUCCUGUUAACUUCGAGAAUAUGUUUAGCAAAUAUGGCAAAACAGCCCCAGAUAAGCUAACCUUGAGAGAGCUAUGGAACAUGACGCAAGGAAAUCAUGUUGCAUUCGAUAUUGUGGGAUGGAUAUUAAACAAGUUUGAGUGGGGGCUUGUAUACAUUAUAGCUAAAGAUGAGGGAGGUUACCUAUCAAAAGAAGCCAUGAGAGGUCUAUUUGAUGGCAGUUUGUUCGAGAAACUAGCCAAAACGAAGGCAGCCAAAGAGAAAAAGAAGACUUGAAAGCCAUCAUGUCCUUGUGCCCAAUGAAAUAAAAUCUGUACGCAACUACAAAACCACUCGUAUCAUUAUAGGCAAAAGGAAAGACAAAUACAUAUAUGUACGCAAUCUACCAGUGUGAAGUGUGUUGGAAUAAUGCAGAUUUUUAGGGAGUCUAAUUUAAUAUGGUAAGUAAUGUUUGAAUUAAAUUAGGUGUCUUUUACUUAUUGACUAAGGAGUUUUUAUGUUUCCUAUAAAUUGAUGUAUUUUGUCUUUCAAUUUUAAUAAGAGCUUCCCAAUUUUAAUAA